GCCCUGGGCUGCCCCCGUCGUGGUGGCAGCACCAUGGGCCAGGUUGCUGACUUAUUGUGCCAAAGAUGGCAACCAAGGCCCAUUUUACCCGUUUCCCGACACCCAUGAUGGCUUUCUCUCCUCUCCAGAACCGCCUACCUCCAGCAACUCGCGACGACAAGUAGGAAGCACCGCCCAGCCGCCGUCUCUGUGCCCUCCCUCUCCCGUCAAACACUUCGAAGUUGUCAACCUUGACCAACAGACGAGACGCCCGGACGACACUUUGACAACCCCGUCGUCACGAUGAGCUGCACGGAAGUCAGCAUCUAUUGCCCCGUCGAGCGGACAGUGUUGGGCUACUACCCGAACCUCGGAGCCAAUGCCUUCCUCGCCGCAGGCUUUGGUGCUUGCAUCAUCGGCCUCGUUGCCACAUGUGUGAUGAAGAGGACUUGGGGCUACUCUUCCGCCCUCACAGCUGGCUGUAUUCUUGAGUUUGCAGGAUAUGUCGCCCGCACACAACUGCACUACAACCCUUGGAACCAGGAUGCCUUCAAGACACAGAUCUGCGCCAUUGUGCUGGGCCCGACUCUCAUCUGCGUCUCCAUAUACCUGACGCUCAAGCACGUCGUGCUGUCCGUCAACCCCGAGCUGUCCCGGAUCAAGCCUCGCCUGUACCCGCUCAUCUUCGUCCCCGCCGACGUCUCGUGCCUUAUCCUGCAGGCCAUCGGCGGCGGUCUCGCUGCGGCUGCCGGUCGCAACACGCCCAAGCUUCUCAACGCCGGCAACAACGUCAUCAUUACCGGCAUCGCCCUCCAGGCCGCGCUUCUCGGCGUCUUUGGCGUCCUCUGCACGGACUACUUCCUGCGGUGCCGCAAGUGGAUUGCCGCCCACGAGAACGACACGAGCGAGGAGGCUCUUGCUAUGCUGGCGGGGUGGAAGGACAAGAAGUUCCGGAUGUUUGUGUACGCGGUGUCUGGCGCGUACUUUGCCAUCCUCAUCCGUUGCAUCUACCGUAUUGCCGAGAUGGCCGGCGGCUGGGGCAACCAUAUCAUGCAGGACGAGCCAUCGUUUAUUGUGCUCGAGGGAUGCUGCAUCCUCGUCGCUGUCGCCCUUCUGACUGUUUUCCCCCCGGGUUUCCUGUUCCCGGCCAUGGCUGAGCGCGAGCGGGCCCGGUUCCAGAAGAAGUCGAAGCAGAGCAAGGCUGCCACCGGCGAGGCCACCACGUCUGGUGACGAGUCUGCGUCGACCAAGGACGAGAAGGCUGCCAAUGCUGCCGUCUAGAACAGAGACAUGCAUGCAGUGGACAGAUUGUGGGAUCAGGAAAAUUCCACGUGGAUAGAUGCAUAGAUUCGGUAGUGUCGGACUCUUGCUUUCCAGCGUAGCAUGCUGCGGCACAGACAGGACUGGUGGCCACAUCACAUCUCUUACAGAUUUCAUAUUAGCAACAGCCAGACUUUGAGCACAUACUUUAGACAGGAAGGCGCCAUUGCGCGUCCUUGCCAUUUCCCCAUUCGGAGCGCGGCGGCCGUUGUGUCAGUUUGUGUCUUUGAUGCGACGAGAUCCAUCGCCUGCUUUUGAGAUCUAGCACUUGCGCCAUGCAGUCAGAUCUCUCCAGAUGGGCUAUGUCAUCAUCUGACUGACGUGAUGUCGGAAGUUGCGGAAAGCUUGACCUGGCAAAAAGUGCCGGUCGAGGCGGAGAUCUCCAAUUGCAUUUGUCCGCCUUUCGCGUCCUGAGGCACCAACGUCAG